AUGGUUAAGGAAGAUUGUAGAAAUGAUUUAAAGUGCAAAUUUUGUAGGACUAUUACAAAAAGGGGCAUUAGUCGUGCCAAAUUUAUUCUCGAGAUGGCCAAAUCUAGUGAUAAUCCUCAAGAUCCGCCUAAAUAUCCUUCUAAUGAUCCACUAUGGAAGUAUGUUUGGGUGGUUAAGGAAGAUUGUAGAAAUGAUUUAAAGAGUAAAUUUUGUGGGACUAUUACAAAAGGGGGCAUUAGUCGUGCCAAGUGUCAUAUUGCCGGAGGUAGUACUAGUGUGAAGGUUUAUACUAAAGCUCCGCCUUCGGUAGUAGAAGAAAUAAAAAGCUACAAGUUGAAUAAAGCGGCAACGGUGGCAAAAAAAAAAAUAAUUUUAAGAUAUCCGCACCAACUUAUGGGAUUCAACAUGAAGAUCAUGGAGAGGCUCCUACACCUCCAAGUUCAAUGUCAAUGA